UGUUCGUCAGUAUCGCGCCAACAGUCGUGGAUGCGACACGCAUGCGGCCGUGUCACUCGCCGACAACGAACUCGAAUACGACAUCGCAAACGAAACAUGCCGUGCAAAAAAUAACAUUAUAAAAAAUUGUGUUUUUUUUGUGAAGUGAAUGACGAUGGCGGUGGUUUUGUGUGUGCUUUUGUGCGCUAUUGGAGCCCUAGGGUUCAACGUUGAUGUGCCUUCCAGGGUGGUUUACACAGGGAACCACAAGUCCAUGUUCGGAUUCACAGUGCAGUCCCAUGUGGAAAGCGGGAGAACUACAGUGUUGGUGGGCGCGCCGGAAGACGAGCCCUACCACGCGGAAGGGGUGACGCGGCCCGGGGCGGUAUAUCGUUGUAGCGCCGCGCCCCGGGGCCUCAGUGCGCGGGGGUUCACUGAUUGCUUGCUCAUGGACUUCGACAAGAUCCGAGUGAACAACCGCGACCAGCGCCACCAGCAGAUCGACCAGAAGUCCAACCAGUGGUUCGGUGCCACGCUCAGCAGCAGCGGCAGUAAUGGACCCAUUGUCGCGUGUGCCCCCCGCUUCGUGUCCUACGUGACGGCGAAGCUGAACCAGCGCGACCCCGUGGGCACCUGCUUCGUGGCCAAGACCCUGGACGCCAAGGACGUCGACGAGAUCUCCCCCUGUCGGACCAGCAGUCACGGGCAGCGAAAAUCGGGGGUUUGUCAGGCAGGAUUUUCGGCUGCUGUUGCAAAGGACGGGAUGCGUUUGUUUAUGGGAGCACCCGGCAGCUUCUUCUGGCAAGGGCGAACGUUAUCACUAGAUCUUACUAUGGAAGACCACUACUACUAUAUGCCGCCCAUACCAGAAGAAGGUCAACUUUUCUCGAGAAAUUCGACGUACCUUAUCGCGACUACAGAAGCCAAUCCGAAGUAUGACGAUUCUUAUAUGGGCUACUCUAUGACUGUCGGCGACUUCGCCGGGCCUGGAAUACAGAGUGUAGCUGUAGGAGUGCCCAGGGGAUCUGAUCUGAAAGGACUUGUGGGUCUUUACACUUGGGAAUUAGAGUCGAUCAAGAACAUCAGUGGUUCUCAGAUCGGGGCCUACUUCGGCUACAGUCUCGCUUCUGGUGACUUUGACGGGGAUGGUGCUGAUGACAUCGUCAUUGGCGCUCCAAUGUUCGUCAAGCCUAAGAGCGAUGGCUAUGAGCAUGGCAGAAUCUAUAUUAUUUACCAAGGCCGUGAUAGAACUUUCACAAAGAACCAUGCUCGUACUGGUGAAGUGUCCCGGGGUAGGUUCGGUUUGGCCAUUACUUCUCUUGGUGAUAUCAACUACGAUGGCUUUGGAGACAUUGCUGUUGGCGCUCCGUAUGCUGGUGAGAACGGUCGAGGAGUGGUCUACAUCUACCAGGGCAGUACUCAUGGAAUUAGAGAGAAGUACUCCCAAGCCAUCGCUGCCGAAGAUGUGUCACCUAGCAUGUCUACCUUCGGCUUCUCACUGUCUGGAGGAGUUGAUUUGGAUGGAAACAGCUACCCAGACUUGGUUGUUGGUGCUUACAAGUCGGAUUCAGCUGUGUUGUUUAAGUCCCGACCGGUGGUGCAAGUAACUGCCGAAGUGAAAUUCAUGGGCGAGGAUAAACUGAUCUCUCUCACUGAGAAGUCGUGCCAGCUCCCUAACGGCACCUUCGUCUCGUGCGCGCAAAUAAUGUUCUGCUUGAGCUACGACGGCGUCAAUGUUGACCAGCAAAUCAAAUUCGAGAUCACGAUCGAAUUGGACUCAAGGCAGAAGACGACAAAGAGACUGUUUAUGGAGCGACGUGAGACUUCAUAUACCACGCACGUUCUGGUGAUGCAAAAGCAGAAUUCUUGCAGGAAUAUUACCGCUUACCUUGAUGAGGAAAUCCGAGACAAAUUAACCCCUAUCGAAGUGAAGAUGACCUACAAAUUAGUCGCUCAGCCAUCAGGCGACGUAGUGCCACCAGUACUAGAUCAAACCGAGAGUAUCGUCCAUACAGACUCGCUUCACAUUCAGAAGAACUGCGGACCGGAUAACAUCUGCGUGCCGGACCUCAGAAUGGCCGCCACUACUCCCGUCCUAAACUACCUCCUGGGCUCCGGCGAUAACAUCAACAUCGACGUGAAAGUGGAGAACAUCGGAGAAGACGCCUUCGAAGCCGCGUACUUCCUCCAGCUUCCUCCAGGAGUCACGUACGCGAAGAUGGAACGGCUGGACAAGGAUGAACUGGAUGUGGUGCAUAUUUACUGCAAUGUCAAGAAUAGGGCGCCGAAUGGAAAUAGUACCAUUAAAUGUGACUUGGGCAAUCCUUUGCAGACCGGCAAGAAGAUCAAAUUCCGCGUUAUCCUGGAGGUGGACGCGCGCGUGAACAAGCUGGUGCUGGACAUGGAGACCAACUCCACCAACCCGGAGCAGGGCACCAGAUACGACAACGUCAAGACCAUGACUAUUGAUGUCGUCACCAAGGCACACCUCUCUGUUAUUGGCACGUCGGACCCGCCAGAGCUGCACUACAACGCGUCGCUGUACAACUCCGCGAACUCGACCGACGACGGGCAGCUCGGGCCGCUGGUCCUCCACAAGUACAACAUCAAGAACGAGGGGCCCUCCUCCGUGGGCGAGGCCGAGAUCAUCAUCAUGUGGCCCUACCAGACCCUCAGCGGCGAGAACCUGAUGUACAUGCUGGUGCAGCCGCAGUGGGUCGGCAACAUGAAGUGCGACGUAGCGCGACAUGUCAACCCUGAUGAGAUCUACGUCCAGAACCCCUAUGGUUUCCACCUUACCAAGGAGAAGGACGCUAUGCUUAAAAGUGAACUCUACACUGCCUCUCAAAUAUCAGGAGGAGGGAGUGGAUAUUACGGACAAAGUAACUGGGAAAUCACACAAGGAAGCAGCCAGUCAUCCGGCAGUCAAUAUGGCGGAGGCUUCGUGUCCACUGGCCACUCAUCAUCAGGCCAAGGAUUCAGUCAAGGAGACGGUCACAGCUUCGGAUACAACAAGACUUACGAUUCAUCAUUAUCCGUGGACGAACAGGAGCAAAUCCGAAAACAACUUGCAGCCUCAAUGAACAAGAAUCAGGGAUCGGCGGGAAGUUGGUCGAACCAAGGAAACUAUCAGAGCAAUUCUUGGGGAUCUGGAAAUGCACAGAGUAAUAAUUGGCAAGCUGGACAAGGGAAUGUACAGAGUAACACCUGGCAAGCUGGCCAAGGAGCUGGGCUAGCUGGAUAUGGCCAAGGAGGAUAUGUCAAGAUAAAGAAUAGGACUGUACUUAUGGAUGGACAUGGAAGGGUUAUAUCGGAAACGGAGACCAGUACUGAGUAUGGAAACUUGGGGCACGAGGGAGAAGCAGGCAGCUCAUUCAAUAAAUACGCAAACCGUCGCUACACAGGCCAACAUUCGCAAAGCUCCCAAUCAGGUUCCACGGGUUAUUCCCAAGGAUCCUCUCACAGUUACCAAGGCUCCAACAGCCAAGCUUCCGGCCAAGCUAUCGGCCAUGGUUCCGGUCAAGGUUUUCGCUACUGGUCCACAACAGAAACCGUCAACCCUGAUAUUGCCAAGGCUGGCUCUUCAACUUACCAAGGAGGAUUGCCUCCAACCGUCGUUGGUGAUGAAGAAGAAGAUAAUAUUGGUGGAAUCGGUGCUUAUGCCGCUCAGGGUUCAAAUAAUGAGUUCAAAUAUGGUAUUGCUGACGUUACUAAUGCUGGUUCACAAGGGGUUAGCCAUCAAUCUGGUAGUUCUCAAGGAGGAAGCUACCAGUCUGGAGGUUCGAACUAUCAAGGAGGUGGUAGCUAUCAGGCAGGAAGUGGAAGCUAUCAGGGAGGUCACCAAUUAGGAGGCAGUGGAUAUCAGGGUGGAAGCUAUAGAACUGGCGGCGGAUAUCAGACCAGUGGUGGAAGCUAUCAGAGAAGUGGCAGCGGAUACUCUUAUUCUUCUCAGUCAGGUGGUUCAUCAUCAUACAGCUCACAUUCUGAUGGUAGUUUUAGAGGUCGAGAGAGCACGAGGCGACGUCGUCAAGAUCAGGUUGACACACCACUGAAGGAGAUUCUAGAGAAGUGCGAAGAGAAAUACAAAUGUGCAGUGGUGAGGUGCACCACCGGAACUCUACUCAAAGACCAGGAAGUGUGGGUCGCUCUAAGGACCAGGAUCAAUGCAUCGGUAUUAAAUGAGAUCUCCAAAGAGCGUGCAGUCAAGCUGUCCACGCUGACGGCGACUCGGAUCUCGUACUUGCCGACAGUGGGCCGCCCGCUCGACCAGUCGUGGCACACGACCGAGGCGCAUACUGUGAUCACUCCACAACUCGAGGCGUUGGAAAGUGGGAAUAUCCCUCUCUGGGUGGUCGUGUUGGCCGCUGUGGCGGGGGCUUUACUACUACUGCUGCUCAUAUUUGCGCUUUACAAGUGCGGCUUCUUCAAGCGCAACCGCCCCUCAGACCACGCGGAGCGACAACCGCUGAACGGGCACGACGAGCACCUCUGAUAUCCGCCCCCCGCGCGCGCGCCCCCCUCCCCCUCCAGCGACACCAGCUCCAGCUCGGCCACCGACGCGGCCAGUGACGUCACCAGCCGCGACUCCACCAGCCUCGACAGGUACUGACCCAAGAUGCUGAUCUACAGAUUCUAGGAAUUAUUCUUUAUCGGCGUUGUCUUGUUCUGGAAUGUUCUCAGUCUGCUGGGCUUCAGCUUGAUUAUUAAGUUUUUGGGGUUACGAUUUUAAUUAAUACUUUACAUCUAUCGCUUGAUUGUAAUUAUUAUUUUUAGUAAUUGCCUUCGUUCGGAAUACCCUACAAUCUAGGACAAUCUAGGGCAUAAUCAGCAAUAAUUCUACCAGCUCGGAGACCCAAUAUUUUUAUUUACAUUUUUGAUAUUGCUCUUCCUCGGUAUUUUCUUUAAUGAAUAUUAUAAGUAUAUUCAGGCUUGGUUUCAUCAUUAAGAUGACUUUUAAAUGUCUAAAUGCCUAUAUAUAAUCUUUAUUCGAAUAUUCUGAGUAUCUCAUAUCUAGAGUAUAAUAGUAUAUAGUAUCAAUCUUAUUCUUUUUACUUUCAAAAAUCUUCUUUUCAGUAAAUUUAUCUACUUUUAAAUAUUGUAAUCAGUAAGUAUAAUGAUUAAUUCCUAGCAAUGAGUAGAUUUAUAUCUAUAGGUCUCUGCUGUUGUGUAUAAAUACGAGUAUGCGUCACUUUCACGAGCGGUGCCGCAAAUUUUAUAAUAAAAUUAUUGGUGUCAUACUUGGUGGCCAUUUUUUUAUUUCUGGAUUAUUUAAUGAUAGCAUCAUCAGAGUCAACGAUAUAUGUAAAUACUUAUUAAAAUAUGUAUUCUACACCGCUGGAUAUUCAGGUAUUACUAGUAUAUAUUAAUUAUUAGUAUACAUUAAUAAUUAUAUAAGAGUAAUUGUCAUAUCAUGAAGUAUCUAUCAUUUAAAAUGUAUAAAUUGAACAAUUCAUUUCAAUUAAUAAUCUAAGCCUCAUAAAAAAGUGCCUUGGACAUCUUAUGAAAGAGGUUUAAAAAUUAAUGCAGCUAAAAUGAUGGAUACCUAUUAAAAUAUAUAUUCUAAAUAUAUGUAAAGGUAAUAUAUGACUAGUCACGAUAUUAAAUACAUAAAUAUUCAUGUUGGUACGCCAUAUUAGUAAAUAUAGAUUGAAGUAGGUAAAAGAAAGAAAUCUCGAAGUGUGAUAAGAUUAUGUAAAAAAGAAAGAAGUAAAGGUUCCUUCGGUGUUUGGUCCUCAGAAAAAUAUUAUGAACAGCCCUAAAUUCUUAUAAAAUAUAUAUAAUAUAUAAGUAUAGUCUUUUUAUACUGAAAUAUACGUUUGUUUUCCUUGUUUUUAGAACUUGUGUUUAUAAGUUUUUCUUUUGGACCAAUCGCAGAAAAUCCUAGUGUGACAAUGUGUGAAUGUGAGUUGUUGAGAAUUGUGAUCUAAAUAAAUAAUAAUUAGGACUAAAAUAAGUUUUAUCUGUAUUUAAAUCAAUGACAACCCGAGGACUAAUCAGAUUAAUGUAUGUUACUAAUAGAUGGUUCUAUAAAAUAUUUUUUUGGAAGGCAUUACUUAUUCAGAUUUCCGCCAUGCCUUGAUAUAAAAUCAAUAAUUUUGAAAUUAUGUACAGACUGUAAAAAAAAUCUUAUAAAAAUUCUACCAUUAUUAAAAUUGUUAAAUAUGUAAGUAGUAACAUUAAAUUGCAUGACUUCACCAUUUUAUUUCCGUCUGAAUAUAUUUUUUUAAAUAAAAAUAUACAUAUCUCUAGGAAUUUUAAACUAUUUGCGUAGUGUUUUGAUAGCAAUACAUAGUGUAGUAAGAUAGCAGCGCCUGAGUGCUUUAUGGAACGAAAAUCGUGCCUUCUGAAACUGCCAGUUACUAAUUAUUAUUAAUGUAAAUAUUUUAAUUACCAUUUUUUCAUAGAAAUGUUCAUUGAGGUAUUUUUUCGAAAUACAUUUAUUAUUAAAUAUUUUAAAGCCGCGAAGCUGUACUUAAUAUGUUUAAGGAAAUUUUACAGAAUAAUCCGUGACUUUUAUGUACGUGGAAUAAUGUUUCAUUUCUCAGAAAAAUGGUAAUUUACACAAAAAAAAAGCGAGCCUGCGGUGGCUAAAUGUUAAUUUUAUUUUUUAACUAUUUAUUUGACGAUAUUAUUAAGAUCCCGCUUCUACUUAUAGUUCAUUAUAAUUUUAACUAAACGUUAGAUGCCAUAAAAAUGUUCAUAAAAUGUAUUUUGGUUGUUUGUCUCGGUAAUUCAUUUGCAUUUACCAAAAAAACUUUUAAUAAAAUUGUUUUUUUUUUUACAUA